AUGCCGAAAUUCUAUCCCUCUAUCUCGGACGACCUACGGGACUGGGUCCUGCGGCAAAGCGUCUUCUUUGUUGCUUCUGCCCCGCUGCAAGGUCGACAUAUCAAUCUAUCCCCCAAAGGUCUGCCCGAUGCCUCGUUGGCCAUACUUGGCCCGAACGAGGCUGCUUACAUAGAUGCGACCGGGUCCGGAAGUGAGACCAUCAGCCAUGUGCGCGAAAAUGGUCGCAUCACGAUCAUGUUCUGCUCCUUCGACACGGCACCCGGGAUCGUGCGUUUUUUCUGCAACGGUUCGGUGAUUGAAUGGGACCAGCCUGAGUUUCCACAAUAUCUCGAUCGUAUGGGAGGCAAGGCCGUGGUUGGAGCACGGGCCAUCAUCCACCUGGAUGUGUUUAAGGUCCAAUCGUCAUGCGGUUAUGGAGUUCCGCGGCUGUCUGUGAAGCUUGAUCCCGACACCAACGAAUCCAAACCAUAUCUGAAAGACCGAGACACACUGGGCCACUGGGCAGGCAAACAAGUGCAGGCAAACAAGAUGCGUGCCUACCAGAAGGAGUGGAACUACCGAAGUCUUGAUGGGCUGCCGGCACUCUGGACCGCUGUAAAGGAUAACAACAAGUUUACCGGGGUGGCACAACUGGGGAACUGGGCUCGUCGCCAUCGGGAUGAUAUCGAAACAGCCAAAACCACCGUUUUGGUGCUGUUCAUUGCCAUGGGGAUUAUGCACUGGAUCGGAUAUGUCGAGGCCAACAUGUCCGCUGGGGCAGCCCGGCGAGUCGACCAGAUCCGGGCGCGGAAUGAACAGGUGCAACCCGGCCGGGGAUCGGCCAGCACUACGCCAGCGCCUGCAUACGAGCCGUCAUUUUUGCUCGCCCUCGAGCCGGCCUUGGUGGACCUUGCCAAGCACAGGAUCAAACUGGCGGUCAAUGCAGGGAACGCCGAUACGGAGGGCCUCCACGACGCGGUUGUGCAGAUGGUGGAGGCGAAAGGACUGGACCUCAAGGUCGCUUGGGUGUCGGGUGACCAGGUCCUGUCGACCGUCCAAGAGGCGCUUUCGUCGGGCAAAUCCGACUUCAAGAGCAUCUACACCGGCCAGCCGUUAUCCGAGUGGCCCUUCGAGCCGAUCUUCGCGCAGUGCUACCUCGGGGGACUGGGGAUUGCAGCCGCGCUCGCCAAUGACGCCGACAUCGUCCUCUGCGGACGAGUCUCCGACGCAUCUGCCGUCAUUGGCGCUGCAUACUGGUUCCACGGCUGGCAACGCAGCGACCUGGACCGCCUCGCCAACGCCCUGGUAGCCGGUCACUUGAUCGAAUGCAGCAACUAUGUCUGCGGCGGGAACUUCACCGGCUUCAAGAUGCUCGAAUCCCUCGGCCGCGACGGAUGGACCAACAUCGGGUAUCCCAUCGCGGAAAUCUCCCCGCAGGGGCAAGUGAUCAUCACGAUGCAAACCUACGCGACCGGCGGCGCCGUCACGGUCGACACCUGCUCGGCGCAGCUGCUGUAUGAGAUCCAGGGGCCCCGCUACCUCAACUCGGACGUCACCGCCCUGCUCGGCGACAUCUCCUUCGAGCAACUCGGCACGAACCGCGUGGCCCUGCGCGGCGUGCGGUCCGCACCCCCGCCCCCGACGACCAAGGUGGGCAUCUCCGCGCGCGGGGGGUUCCAAGCCGAGGCGAGCUAUUUCCUCGUCGGGCUGGACAUCGCCGCCAAGGCGCGCAUGCUAGAGGCGCAGAUCCGCCACGUCCUCGCCCCGUACUCCGACGCCUUCACAGCCCUAACCUUCUCGACCCUGGGGUCCGCGGCCGACGACCCGCGCACCCAGGACAGCGCCACCGUGACCUUCCGCGUCGUCGCGCAGGCCCGCACCGCCGCCGCCCUCGCGCCCCUGCGCUUCCUGCGCCCCAUCACCGACAACAUCAUGCAGGCCUACCCCGGCGCAACCUGGCACCUCGACACCCGCCCGGGCUUCCCCCGGCCGAUCUUCGAAUACUUCGUCUGUCUCUUGCCGCAGACGGCCGUCCAGCACCGCGUGCACCUGCCCUGGAAAACGGGUUCUGGUGCUGCUGGGCCGCAAACCGUCGACAUCGCCCCUCCUCCUCCUUCUCCCGCGCAAACGAACCUACCCUCCGCCCCCCCAAUGUCCAGUAAUGCCUCCUACGGCCCAACCAUCCGCGGCCCCCUAGGCUGGAUCGUCCACGCCCGCUCCGGCGACAAGGGCCCCGACGCCAACUGCGGCUUCUGGGUGCGCCAUGCGGACGAGUUCCAGUGGCUGCGGCGGGUGCUGGCCGUGCCGACGGUGCGAGAACUGCUGGGGCCGCAGUAUACCUCCGCUACCGCGCUGCAGGUGGAGAGGUUCGAGCUGCCCAAUCUCCGAGCGGUGCACUUCCUGUUUCGGAAUUUGUUGGACCGCGGGGUGUGCGCGACGGUGACGGUGGAUUUCCUGGGGAAGAACGUCGCCGAAUUUCUGCGGGCAAGGUUUGUGGAUCUGCCGGUUAGGUUUUUGGAGAGGGGGAAGUUGUAG